AUGAAAGCUUCUCCGAUUGAGGUGGAAGCGCCGUUGGCCAAAGUGCUGCAAGUGCGGAGAUCGUUCCCCAACGCGAGCGCCAUGGCGAACGUCCCCAAGGACAACGGGCCGACCGCCAAGAAGUGGAGGCCCAGAGACAUCUGGGUGUUCAGGAUAAUAGUUGCGGGGACGAUCCUCACCAUCGGCGGAGGCGCUCUUCUCGCUUUUUUGGUGAUCGGUCUCCCUGUCCUCUUCAUCGGCGGCGGCCUGCUCAUCUUCUUCAGCCCGGUCCUCAUUUUCAUCGCCACCAUCACGAGCCCCAUCUGGAUCCCGGUCGGGGGACUGAUUCUGGCGACCCCGCCCAUCCUGGCAGGCCUGUCGGUCGCCGCGGCAACCUGCCUGUUCUUCGCGUACUGGGCCUACAACUUCUUCAGGUCGUACAAGAAGCCCAGCCUCGUUGACAUGCAGGAUGGCGCGUUCGACGUGGACUCUGCAGUAAGGCAGCGGAGCGUGGACUAG